AUAUAUUUAUGUGUUGUGGACGUGCAUAUCUCUAAUAAAAUUAAAAAAUACAUUAUAUCUCUUUAAAAUUGUUAUUGACAAAGUGUAAAUAACGCAAUGCAUCUAUUAUUUAUCAAACAUAUUUAGAAUAUCAAGAUUACAAAGUAUUUUAUCGUGAAUAAUAAUUCUGAAGCAAAUAAUAUGUAUAAAGUAAUUCGUUUACAAAAAGAAUAGAGUGUUAAAGGAAACAAUAUUCGAUUAAAUUUGCUGAUUAUUUGAUCAACAAAAUGAUGUUCAUUACUAUAUUAGUGUUAUUAAUUAUCUUUGUUGUACUGGCGUAUAAUUAUUAUAUUCAUUAUGGAAGAAAUGGGCGGCUCAUCAACCUUCUACCAGGUCCUCCAGGUUAUCCAAUUGUUGGAAAUGCAUUUCAAUAUCUUAGUUCACGAGAGAAUCAAUGGAAGUAUGUUGUUACCACUCUUACUAACCGAUAUUAUCCUAUUGUAAAAAUUUGGGCAAUCUUUGAUCCCCUUGUAACCAUUCGUCAUCCGGAUCAUCUAGAGACAAUACUAAACAAUACAAAGCACAUAGACAAAAGUUUGAUUUAUUCUGUUUUUCACCCUUGGCUUGGUACUGGUCUUCUCACCAGUGGCGGUAAUAAUAUUAACAUAAAUACAUUAUAUACUCGUAUUUAUAA